AUGAGUUCGGCCGGUUCCAAGCCCGCCUUGGUGGCCUCUUCUUCGGCUGCUUCAAAGCGUCAAGCAGCGAACUCUCCUGGAGGUCAUGUCGAUAAGCGUGGCAGAACCCAAAGCAACGAUGAGGACGACGAUGAGGGCAACGAUACCCAGCCGGUUUCGACGAGAGCUUGGCUGUCUCCUAUUCUGCCCAGUCGCAAUGAGCUCAUCACCUCGCCUGAUGAUCUUGCGACCCUUCUCGCGACUCUUCCCGGGGCUGAGGCACGAGUGCCUGAUCCACAACUCACGAUCACGCGGGCACGCCACUCCAUCGACAGUUUGCUCGAUCGGUCGGAAACAGAAGCAUCCAUUACCGCAGCUCUGGAACGCUUCAUCGAGGCUGUCCGCGAGCGCAGUACUGAACGCUCGAGGUAUCCAAUCGCACUUCUUGCGGCGCUUCCCGGCUGUGGGAAGACCCGUAUGUGCUUGGAGGUGAUGGAUCGGAUCGUCCCAGCAUUCUGCUCGCAACGUCACAUCCCAUCCCUGUGCCUAUUCUUGAACUUCAAUUCCGAUGCCGCGAGCACAUGGAGGAGCUACGAGGAGUCCGCACGUCACCCUCAGCAUGCCAUUGCAAGGCGGUUGCUUCAGAGCUAUUAUGGUGGGGCAGAAAUUACCACCAACCGCGACAUUUCUGUGAACGCUGCCUUGAGCCUCAUCCGCCGGACAGAGGCCCGACGACAACAGGUUCUUGAGCAACGUUUGCACAUCUUUAUUGCAAUGGACGGGGCGACUCGUCUCGUUGGAGCGCAUGUUGCGCCACAAUUCCAAGAACCCGAUCAUGCGGGGUUGUCCCUUGAACAAGCGAACCGUCGCUUCUGGAAACAAGCGCUGACUGAUCUACAAGUUGCAUGCCGAUCGUUCACAACUCCAACGUGGAUGCUCGUUGCUGGCACGAUGUCGAGUGCUCUGAAGCAAGCGGUAACGAAUUCAAGGUUUUUUGUGCUGCCGGUACCGCUUUCGCCGCUCCGUGCUGUCUAUGCAGCACGGCUUCUGGACAUUGCCGAUCCGAAGGCCCCGUCUUCCCGCCUCCUACCAUGGCGUGUCAACUCGAAGCUGAUGGCUCGAAUCGACCAGGCUGCUGGGCUACCUCGUACACUGCUGCACAUUAUUGACCCGACAACAUUUCUGGAUACCAGGAGCAGCGUCUCCAUCGAUGACGCAACACUUGAGCGGGUUGUCCGAGAUGGUGUCCAAGGGUCAAUCAUGCAGCAUGAUAGCGAUUUCCUCGAGUCUGAAGCGUUGCUGAUUUACCGCAAACAAGCCCCAGUAUUCCAUCCGGACAUAUCCCGGGUGGAGCGACCAACCACAGCCCCAGCAAACUUGGUGAUGGCAGCAAUGAUGUCGACUCUCCACAAGCUCCAAGGGCCGGAUCCAAACAAGGCGUUCGACCUCUGGCAAUCGUGGGAAGCAUUUUGUGCCAUCAUCACAAAUCUGCGAAUUCUGUCGGCAAUUGCAGCACACCCCAACUCUGAGUACGUGCAAGUAACCAAUCUGUUUCCAGGCAGCACCAGCUCGCGGUUGCCAGAGUUUUUCGUUAACGCUUCUGCAUGGAGGGACUAUUCGGAGGACAACCCGGAUCGGCGCAAUCAACCUGUUGAUGGCCGGGUCUGCUUGACUCCUGCAGGAUACACCGGUGUCGACAGUUGGUGCACAGUCUAUGUGAAGGAUAACAAUGGCGAGUAUACGCCAGCCACGCUGGCGCUGCAAGCCAAACUCGACCAAGUGGAGGACUGCGUGCCUCUUUCAACACAGAUCGAAUAUAUCGAAAAAGCGCAGCUCAAUUGCCCAUCGUCGACUACCAUUGUGGCGCUGUUGACAACCGCUCGGAUGGACAAAUUCGAUCCUUCGGAUGUUCCUCCAAAUGCGUUCAUUCUGCCUCGGCAGGGAUAUAAGGAGUUCGUGGCGUGCUUUGAACUUAUUGCGGAUAACGUAUGGGCGUACAACCCGCACUUGAGCUCGAUUCCGCGUCUCGCAAGUCAAUUCUACGGCAAAGGGACGACACUUGCCCAAGCUCGGGCGAUCGCUGAGGUGGUGAAUGCGUCCCAGUCAUUGGAUCCCAAGAAGCAGUUUCGAACAAUCCGAGAUCUGCGCACGUACUUAGAGAAGCAUGCAAGGGUCCCCAACUCGGGCUUCACAAUCCAAUCGAUUCCGAAAGACGCUGUGCUUGGCUGGCCGUACGCGGACGACCUUGUCAUGGAAGACAGCUCGAUUACGCGUUGA